AUGCAUGAUAACGACAAGCCGGCUUACAAGCUCGAUCAGACGCCGACCACCAACGUGGGCAGCGACUAUGAUGUUGGCACUAUUGAGAAGUUCUACCAUCUCGAACGAAAGUUAUCAUGGCGCCAAAUGCAGCUGAUGAUCAUAGGUGGCUCAAUUGGAACGGCUCUAUUCGUCACAAUUGGCGCCGGCUUGAUGUCUGCUGGUCCAGGUAGCUUGUUGAUAGGUUUCAUUCUCUACGCUCUUUUCCUCGGUGCGUGCAACAACUCGAUGGCUGAGAUGUCGACCUAUAUGCCCGUUAGCGGUGGUUGGAUUCGAAUGGCCAGCCACUGGGUUGAUGAUGCUCUCGGCUUUGCUCUCGGGUGGAACUUCUUCCUUUAUGAGGCCACACUUAUCCCCUACGAAAUCAGUGCAUUCAAUCUUGUUAUCAGCUUCUGGAGUGAUAAUGUGCCUGCCGCAGCAAUAUGCAUUGGCUGUAUUGUCGUAUAUGGUUUCAUCAACAUCUUUGCUGUUCACAGAUAUGGCGAGAGCGAGUUUUGGCUUGCCAUUGGAAAGCUAAUCUUAAUUUUCCUGGUAUUUGGCUUUACCAUCGUCACCAUGGCCGGAGGAAACCCACAGCACGAUGCCUAUGGUUUCCGAUAUUGGAAGACUCCGGGCGCUUUUGCGGAAUACCUAGCCACAGGCACUCUCGGAAGAUUUGAAGGUUUUCUCUCAGGCCUCUGGAGAGCCUGCUUCGUCAUUGUCGGACCUGAAUACGUGGCAAUGCUCGCUGCAGAGGCCAAGUCUCCACGUAAAACACUGAAGAAGGCAUACACGACCAUUUACUGGAGAUUCGGUCUCUUCUUCAUCGGAGGUGCUCUCGCGGUCGGUAUCGUCGUCCCCUACAAUGACCCAACCCUUGUAGCGAUCAACUCUGGCGAGACCGGCGGCUCUGGCACUGGAGCCGCUAGCCCCUAUGUGAUUGCCAUGCAGAAUAUGGGCAUCGAGGUGCUACCGCACAUCACCAAUGCAUUGCUUCUGACUAGCAUAUUUUCAGCCGGCAAUUCCUAUGUUUACUGUGCUUCCAGAACAUUGCUCGCCAACUUGACCACAGCCGGACAGCUUAUCAAGUAA